AUGCACACUCCGCACGCUCAUCAGGCCUGCUUACCAUCUCGGCCUCACUGGCGCUCUGCCGAAUUCGAAGAAUUCGAAGAACAAAGGCGCGGUUUUCUACUGUUAUAUGUCACUCUCUUUGUCUGGUUCUACUCGACGCGGAAGUGGAAGUGGGAAUAUCUUUACUGUUCUCGUAUACCGACUCCUCCUUGGAUGCAACCCUGCGAAGCAACAUCUUGGCCACUCUUCAGGCAAAACACUAUAUCGGUCCUUCGGUCAAUCGCCUCAUCUCUGCUUUACCAACCACGCUCAUUACUGACUGUUAUGGCUCCGAGAAUCAUUCUCAAACCUGGUCCUAAGCCAAAGGAUAAUGGUUCACGACAACGAGAUGGUUCCACCGGUCGUGCAACAAAGAGUCCGAGCCCUCAGAAGCGUGCCAGCCCGCUGGCUACUGGCGCUGAAAAUAGCUCAAACGGUGGAGCAACAGGAAGGAAGAGAUCCAGCACUCCGAGUGCCAGUCCGCCCGCAGGCGGAUCAGCAAAGAAAUCAUCAAGCAGCCCAAAGACCAGUCCAAGGACCAGUCCAUCCGGCAGUGCUGUCGCCGGGACGUCAAACGGCAAGGUGGUCCAAAAGCAGGCUCCUCGCAUGCAAAGGAAGUGGACCGGUCGCCAUUCGACGUUACGAAGCCGCGGGCUCAGGAACGAUGGCAACAUGUGCUACCGCAACGCCGUACUCCAAUGCCUGAUGCACUUGCGCGCCUACAGCCUGUAUUUCGAGCACGUGCACCUCAAUUGCGAAGUUCCAAAGGCCGUUUGUGUCCCCCGCUCACUGAAGGAUCUGCUCGAUACCUACUGGAGCGAUCAAGCUGAGAAGCAGGCCGAGCAGGCCUUGACCGAUACUAUGGAAGCGGCCUAUAAUACCAUGGACAACAACAUACAUCCCGAUCACCCUUUGUCCACUUUCUUCGCCAAAAGCCUCCAGGCCGAUGCUCCCGAGUUCUUGACUUACUUUUUAGAUGAGCUCGUAGCAUCCGAACCAACGGACGCGGCAUUGAAGAUUGAAGAGCUAUUCAACAUUCGGCACGAACAAGAAUGGGUUUGUGACGAAUGCGGUCAAAUCAGCCUCACCAAAGACCUCCCUGGGGAAGCAGGACACGGCUGGGGGAUCACUGCCAACAUUUUGGAACCAGAGAGGAUGAUUGGAUCGAUCAUGUCCUAUUUCCGUGCCAACGCCUAUGAGCAGAAGCUCGAAAUGUACUGCGAAUCUGAAUAA